CACUGACUGAAUCCUACUGAAAUUUUUAAGUUUUCUUCGAUUUUACCCAUUUUCUUUUCUCAAUAAAACCUCCGAUAGAAUCUGACCAGCUCCAGUUUGUUAAGAAGUGUUCGAGUGCUUUUGCGUUUCUUUCGAUUUGCGCCUUGCGUUGCGCUGUCAGUUGCUUGCAAGUGUUUGUUUGAGGCCGUCUCGAUUUUCGCGCGGGAAUUGUAAUUUCUAAACUUUACAGCUAGAAUUGUUCUGGAAACCUAGAGUCUAGCGUCUGGUUGGAUAUUUCAUUGAGAUUUUCGAGUACUUCACCUUUUCCUUCGCAAUUGCAUUGCGCGCAGUUUUUUGAAAUUCAAGUAAAAGGCUUUGCGGACGAUGUCCAACGAGGCGACCGGCAUUACCAUCAAAGAAGAGGCACAAGUUCCCGUAGACACGAGCAGCGGAGCAGAGCAGGCAAAGAAACCCGAUAAUCAGUCGGAAAAGGCCGAGUCUCAACUUGCGGGCGGCAGCGGGUCGCAGGCCGAGUCGAGCGACAGCCAUUUGCAGCGUCUGCAAAGUUUGCGCAAGGAAUUGAGCUACAUCAGCGAAACGGAUUGGAUGUACGAGAGUCUGGACAAGAAGCCGCAACAGUAGCAGACACCAGCGAAAUCAAGAUGCU